AUGUAUCGACUUGUCUCCAACAUUGCUUCACAAGCUAGAAACGCCAGAAAGUGUACAACCCAGUUUGGAAGCAUGCUCAGUUCCACUAGAAGUUAUUCAGAAAAAGACAUACGGUCCGGUGUUAAGGAGCUUGCUGAUACAGGUCAAGUCACUAUGGGACCCAAGGGGUGUAAUGUCACCAUCGAACAAAAAGAUGAUGGUAGUAUCACCAUCACACAAAGCUGGCGUGCACCAAAGGUGACAAAGGAUGAUGUUACUGUUGCCAAGAGCAAUGAGUCCAAGGGCAGAGUCAAGAACGUUGGUGCCAGUCCUGUCAAACAGGUAGCUAAAGCCACAAAUAAUGUAGCUGGUGAUGGAACGACGUAUGCUACAGUCCUUACUAGAGCUAUCUUCACGGAAGGUUGUAAAUCAGUUACUCCUGAAAAGAGUGCAUAUCAUGCUGCAUAUCGUGCAAUGCACCUAAGACUUGGUAUCAAGUUAGCAGUUGAUACUGUUUUGAAGAACUUGAAGAGUAGAGCACGCAUGAUUAGCACUUUUGAAGAAAUUGCCCAAGUUGGAACAGCAUCAGCUAAUGGAGAUAGAGAGAUUGGUGAACUUAUUGCAAAGGCUAUGGAAAGUGUUGGCAAAGAGGGAGUGAUCACAGUUCAAGGUGGCAACACUUUGUUUAACGAGUUGGAAGUUGUUGAGGGUAUGAAGAUCGACAGGGGAUACAGAUCCCCACUCUUCAUUACAAACGAGAAAUACCAAACAUGUGAGCUAGAAGAUCCUCUCAUUCUCAUCCACGAGAAGGAAAUUACUAGUCCUGAUUCUACGUCUACAGUUUUAGAGUCGGCUCUCAGGUUUGUUAAUGAUCCUCUCCUUUACAUCCACGACAACAAAGUUCACAAUAUUGAAUCUCUGUCUAAAGUCUUAGACUUGGCCCUCAAGAAACAAAGGUCGCUGCUGAUCAUUGCAGAGGAUUUGGAUAGCUUUUCUGUUGCUGGGCUAGUUUGGAAAACGCCUCGUUCUCACCAUGUUGCUAGGCUAGGGCUAAGUUGGAAAACACCUCCUGGUGAAAUGAAGAUCUGUGCUGUGAAGGCCCCUGGUUUUGGAGAAAACCAUAGGGCUUAUAUGCACGAUCUAGCUACCCUCACAGGAGCCCAGGUAAUAACAGAAGAGAGAGGUAUGAGUCUUGAGAAAAUCGAACUCGGUAUGCUUGGAACCUGCAAAAAGGUAAUUGUAUCCAAAGAAAACACUGUUUUUAUUGGUGGGGCUGGUGACAAGAAAUAUAUUGGAGAACGAUGUGAACAGAUACGAUCCAUGGUUGAAACGAGUGAGUCUGGCUAUGACAAGGAUAUGUUACAAGAUAGGUUGGCUAAGCUUUCUGAGAGUGUUGCUGUAAUAAAGAUCGGAGGAACGAGUGAGAGAGAAAUUAGCGAAAAGAUAGAUAGAGUAAACAAUGCUCUAAAUGCAACCAAAGCAGCUUUAGAAGAAGGUAUUGUUCCAGGCGGUGGUGUUGCUCUUUUGUACGCGUCAAAAGAACUUGAGAAGCUUUCCACAAAUUACAUUAGUCAAGAAAUCGGUGUCCAAAUCAUCCAAAAUGCUCUCAAGAUACCUGUUUACAUUAUUGCUUCCAACGCUGGAGUCGACGGUAAAGUCAUCGUUGACAAGCUUUUGGAAUCAAAUAAUCCUGACAUCGGUUAUGAUGCUGCUAAAGGAGAAUACGUGGAUAUGGUGAAGUCUGGUAAUAUCGACCCUGUGAAAAUGAUCAGAACCGCAUUGGCUGAUGCUGCGAGGGACUCAAAUGGGUUUAUGCUUAAGAAGAACCAAUAUUUGGGAGUUGGGAUGAAGGUGAUAGGCCGUGGAGGGUGUAUACGAGAAGAGUUGGAAGGAAGAAUCAAGGAGUUAUCGAAGAUGAAGAUGGCGAGAUUUGUAGCGGACGGUAUAUUCUACGCCGAAUUGAAUGAGGUUUUGACAAGAGAGCUUGCAGAAGACGGUUACGUUGGUGCAGAAGUUAGGGUUACAACGACUGAAGAAGUUGUAACUAAGAUUUCAAAGAAAGAAGAAGCGUCUCCAGCUAUGGGAGGUGGCGUGGGCGGUGAGGGAGAAAAGGGUUCUACAAAAACAAAACAGUGA